AGCAGUGUCGGAUCACGUGUUUGGGAACCAGGCCAAGCACGUGGAGCUCAGGCAGCAAGUGGUGGAGUACAUUGAGGCACACGAAACCGACUUCGCCCCGUUUGUGGAGGACGACAUGGGCUUUAAGGAGUACUGCAGCAGCAUGCGCGAGGACGGCACGUGGGGCGGGCACAUGGAGCUGCAGGCAGUUUCCCUGCUGCUGAAAAGAAACAUUUGCAUUCACCAGUUGCAGCAGCCCCGGUGGAACAUAGUCAACUUUGACGAUGCCAACACUUCCACCAUCCACCUCUCCUACCACGACGGGGGUCACUACAGCAGCGUGCGUAUGGAAGGGGACGUUGGGUUUCUGAAGUGCAUCCCACCCCAUGUAGCCACAUUCGUGCUCUCCCCCUCUCCUCUCUUCCACCCCCCUUCCACAGCUCAUACCACGACGGGGAUCACUACAACAGCGUGUGGAAUGAGAGGGGUGCUGGGCCUCUGA